AUGGACGAGGCUACGCACGAUGAAUGGUCUCCUUUGGUUGCAGCGUCCUCAGGGGGUAGCGGGUUUGGGCGUCACGCGUCCGGGCACCUGGAGCUUCUGCCCGAGCACUGGACGAUUCGGCGGGAGCCUCACCAGCGUCUCGCACCCAAGACCACGAGCUUGCCGCAGCGUUUCUUUCCGUACUCCUGGAUGCGAUAUCGCGUAAACGUGCUGCUGUUGCUGGUACCGCCGGGGCUCGCGGGUUCGCGGCUGAACCUCAGUCCAAGCUUCAUAUUCUGGAGCAACUUUUUCGGAAUUUUCCCGCUGGGUAUCCUUCUUGGUCGUUUUACCGAACAUAUUUCCUGGUAUUCUACAGCAGCUUUGGGUGCGCUUCUGAACGCUACCUUUGGGAACGCCGUCGAGUUCAUCUUUGCCGUAUCGGCGCUGCGGCAUCGGCUGACGGAUGUGCUGAAGGCCACGAUGCUGGGCUCGAUUAUCGGCAACGAACUCUUCGUCACCGGGUUUUGUUUUCUUGUCGGAGGACUUCACUUUCGAGAGCAGACCUUUGCACCAACCUUCAGCGAUACCAAUAUGAGCAUUUUGCAUAUUACAACCAUUGGCAUUCUCUUCCCGAGCGUUUUCCGGCAAGCGGUUGACGCGCACCGGCGACAGGCCGUUGCCAACGAAACGGCCUCGAAUGCGACCAGCAUCGUCAACAACGCAAGCUCCAGGGAUGUUUAUGUUUCACGCUGCACAUCUGUUUUACUUUUAGCGUUGUAUGUGGCGUAUCUCGUGUUUGAGCUCGUAACGCACGCCGAGGCCGUGGAAGCACCCGGCUCGCGAUCAUCGCCGCUGAGCGCCUCUGCAUCAGCGCUAGGCUUUUUGGGUGCGGAGCAGGCGCUGGAGCGGCGUGAUGCUGGCGCUGGCGAUGGUGUCGAUGCUCAACGCCUCGAGUGCAGUGCAGGUACGCAAUGCGAUGAAUCUGAUAUGAUCUCGGUAUCGGCAGGUGUGCUGCAUGAAAUGGAACGGGGUCAAUCCAUGGACACGAGCUCGUUCCCCGAUGACGCGUAUGCGAACACCAGGUACGGAGAUGCCGAUGUGAGACGGAUGCGUUCGCUGCAGAACAACAACGCUGCGGAUGCGCAAGUCGGUGCCGGGAACCCAGCCGGGCAAGCUGCUCGUUCGACCCGUCCGCAGCCGUGUACGGCGGAGCAAGCUACGCUGACCGAGGUUCCCGACCUGAGCCUGUGGGCGAAUAUCGUACUCUUGCUGCUCUGUACGCUUUUGAUUUCAUUCUGUACGGAUGCUCUGGUGGGUUCACUCGAGCAGGCUGCUGCAGCUUUGUCGCUCCCGCCGCCGUUCGUAUCUUUCAUCCUUUUACCGCUGGUGGGGAACAUUGCGGAGCACCUGGGCGCAGUCUCCAUGGCGAUGCAGAACAAGAUGGAUCUUGCUGUUCGGAUAGCGGUCGGGUCAGCUGUACAGGUUGGUCUGCUGGUGUUUCCCGCGCUGGUUCUGGUUGCCUGGCUACUUGGUAUUCCGCUGACGCUCGAGAUCCCGUUGUUUGGGGGCUUUGCCCUGAUCGCUUCGACGGUGGUGCUGGCGAACGCGAUGCGGGACAGCACGAGCAACUGGCUCGAGGGUAUUGAGCUUCUUGCGGUUUAUUUCAUCAUUUGCGUGUGCUAUUACUUUACGAGCUGA